AUGCAGCAUCUUGUCGUAAUGGCGGAUAUUGUAUGCAAAUUUCAUCAAAUGUUCAUAAAUGCAUCAAGAGUGACAGCUUACACGGAGUGCUCUUCAUCAGGAUUUAUUGUUCCAGAACUUGUCUGUGUGUGUGUGUCUCUCUGUGUGUGUUCUGUGUGGGUGUGUACGGGUAUGGGUGUAUUCAAAUGUACGGGUGGAUAUUUGGGUGAUCGAUGUGAGGAACGUUGUGAUUGCUUAAAUGGUGGCGAAUGUCUUCGGAAAGGAUCACUUUCGAUAUGUGUUUGUCCCAUUGGUAUCUUUUUCCUUAUCAUUCUAACCUUAUCAUUCUUAUCACUCUCAUCUAUUUUAUAA